AUGAGUGUUCGUGUUGUUGCGCGUAUCAGGCCACUCUUGAAGUCAGAGCGAGAGCUCGAUGUGAUUGUCCGCACAGGCUCGUCCAACCCAUUACCUACAUCGGGGCUGAAAUCUUUGGCGAACAAAGGUGAUAAGAAAUGGUCCCAGGACAAAGCAGCAUUGAAAGACCGGGAUACAUCUGUGCGGAUUCCAAAUCCUAAGAAUGAAAGCGAAGAAUAUGCUUUUCAAUUCAAUGCGGUGUACGACGCAGACGCCACCCAGCAGGAACUCUUCGAUGCCGAAGUGUCUCCUACAGUGAAACACCUUUUUAACGGCUUCGAUAUCACAAUAUUUGCAUAUGGCGUCACGGGGACGGGGAAGACUCAUACCAUGCGAGGUGGUAAAAGUCUCGCUGAAAGAGGUGUGAUUCCCCGUCUGCUAAGCGGUAUUUAUAGACGCAGUCGCAAAAUCGAGAAAGAUAGCGAGGGUAGAACCGCCGUGAGGGUUUCUCUGAGUUAUUACGAAAUUUACAAUGAUAAGGUCUUCGACUUGUUCGAGCCUCCAGAGAAGAGAACUCUGGCCGGUCUGCCUCUUCGAGAUAACGGCGGGAGAACAGUUGUUGUAGGAUUGACAGAGAGACCUUGUACGAAUCUGAAGGAAUUCGAGUCCUUGUAUGACCAAGCGAACAUGCACAGGUCCACUUCUGCGACGAAGUUGAAUGCCCAUUCUUCACGUUCGCAUGCCAUUCUCUGUGUUAAGGUCACUAUUACUUCUGGAGAUAAGACACGCGUCAGCACCGCUUCCGCUAUCGACCUUGCUGGUUCAGAGGAUAACCGUCGGACUGACAAUGACAAAGAGCGCAUGGUCGAAUCUGCCAGUAUCAACAAGAGUCUCUUCGUCUUGGCUCAGUGUGUUGAGGCCAUCAGCAAGAAGCAACAAAGAAUUCCGUACCGCGAGUCGAAGAUGACGAGGAUUUUGUCUUUGGGGCAGAAUAAUGGGUUGACAGUCAUGAUCCUGAAUCUCGCUCCUGUCCGAUCCUAUCACCUGGAUACAUUAAGCUCCCUUAACUUUGCGAAUCGGACGAAGAAAAUUGAGGUCCGGGAGGUUGAAAACGAACCAAUGUUUAGAGGCCCUGCAAGGCCCAUCACGCGGCCGUCUGUGGCCAGUUCUGUCCCACGGCAGCCCUUGCGGCCACUAACAGCUUCUGUUAAUGCGAACCUAACGGCAUCAAAAAGGGACCCAUCAGAACCUAGUGACAAUACUAAGCCUAUAAAGGCAUUCUCCGUCUACUCGGACAAACCUCAACCCACUCGACUCAGGAAACCGGAGGGGCCGAUGCGAUCUUCUUUAACUUCGGGCAUUCCUGGAAUCUCCCAGAGUCGUCAAAUGAGUACGUCUCGGCAAGACGGGCUUCAACUCCAUCCACAAAGGACUCAUGCAGAUAUCUCUGCGUCGAGGAUUGAGGAGCUGGUCGAGAAAAAAGUGGAGGAAAUUCUUGCUGCAAGAGCCAUGAGUGAGCAGUCGAGACAUGUCCGGGCACGCGACAUCAAUGAACAAAUGCAGCGCCGCUUGGAACUCUUAGAGCAACGGAUUGAGGGUACGGAAGACGCAAGGGCUGAAGGACUGUCAUAUUUAUUGACGGCGAAACAACAUCAAGCACGGGGCGAAGAUGCUGUUGCAUUGAGAAUGUAUCGGCUCGCGUUGCCUUUCUUUCCCCAUAAUGAAAAGCUAGUUUCAAAGAUUGCGCUUCUAGAGGAACUUACGAGGGACGUAUCAUCGCGGACGCAACAAGACUCUGCUACUCUCAACACCACUGCUACCAUCCAAAAGAAUCUGGAAACCGCUACAUAUUCACACAGGGACCAGGAUAAGGCGCGUUCCAAGCGUCAGGCCGAAGAUUCUGAUGCAGAUUAUGAAGAAAAUGAAGACGCUGAGCGGCCUUCAUCUGAUGAAGAUGAACCCAACCAUCCUCGCAUUGUGCGCAAGAAGCGGGCGAGAGCAAAGCAUAAUGACCCCUCUGAUCCCAUCAGCAGUAUUAAUUCCGAUGACUUGGAGCAGUUGAAUUCACCCCGUACCAUGCAACUCUUAUCAAUCAUAAACUCCCGCGACAUCUCUCAGAUCAAGUUGUUGAAGGGAGUCGGUGCCAAGAGGGCCGAAGCCAUUGUCGACCGUCUCUGUGAGAUGGAUCAAGAGCUGGACGACACAGACGCAAGCAGUACUGCGGCCGGAGACGAAUCUCGGAAAUUCCAAGUGAACAGUCUUUCAGAAUUAAGCAAGUUGAAAGGUGUUGGUAUUAAGACUGUCCAAAACAUGAGAAACGGUGUAUUUGUUUAAAGAGCAAAAAGUCAUUUUGUCUCUUUCGCCUCCCAUGAGCAUGGCAAUGUAUUGUUUGGCUUUAUUGUCUUCCUCAUUACCUCUCUCCUUCCAUACCACCCAGCAAGGUGUUUCUGGCGUUCUGCAUAUGUUUCUGCUGUGGUGUAAGGUUGCCUUUGCAUUGCAUUAUUUUUGCUUGGAUAUUUCCAUCAGCAUUGAGCCUAUUUUGGCUUUUGAAAUCCUAUUUCUAGCGACCAGUUCGACUAGUCUAUCUGUUAUGCAUUUGGUUCCGUUUCACGUAUCCUUUUUGGGAAUCAACCUCUGUUUCUUGCAUAACAUCGGGAUAUAUAAGUUUAAACCAUAUGUCAUUCAUGGAUGAUGGGAUUUGGGAAAUAUUGCAGCA